GUUCAGUAUAUUUUUUGUACCACAAAAAGUUCUGUAAGCCAAAAAAGAAAACGAAAAGCGUAGAGUGUUUCGGUUCUAUUGUGUCCAGUGUAUUGUGAAAGUAAAUGAUAUUCGACACAUUUUUCUAGUAUAUAUGCGCAAUUAUUAUGAAUAAGAAAAUGCAUCUGUGAUAAAUGCAAUUAAAAUAAAAAAAUAAUUAAAAAUUCGAUGCUGAUUUAUCGUUGAAUUAAUUUGUUUGAAACAAAAAAAGAAAAGAAAUUGAGUGAAGAAAAGAUGUCAGCAGCAACGUAUACCAGUGAUAUUGAUAUCUGCCAAAGAGUUAUUCCCAGCGAAACCUAUUACGAGCCCAACGGAACAUAUUAUACGCAAAUUUACUCAAACUCGUUACUGGAACAACCAGAAGGAGGAACACACAUCCUUGCUGAAGAAGGAUACUGGGGAUCGCCAUGCAGUUCCGAUUCAAACAAUGUUCGAGAUUGUUCGCCGUCUAGUCACACAAAUCCAUCAUCAUCUCCAUAUCACCAGUAUGCUCCAGUUUACUAUCCGCCACAGUACGAACGACCUGAACACAUUUAUGAUGAAGGAUACUACGGCACAUCGUCGACGAAUCUAGCUCCGGUUCCAUUUGUUCGAGUUGUGAAGCGGCGAACAACAGCGAAUAAAAAAGAACGGCGGCGAACACAAAGCAUAAAUUCAGCUUUCUCAUAUUUGAGAGAUUGCAUUCCAAAUGUUCCAUCUGAUACUAAGUUAUCAAAAAUUAAAACUUUAAGAUUAGCUACGUCAUAUAUCUCGUAUUUGACCAGGGUGUUAGAAGGUGAUCAGGAUCCGUCGGGUGGUUUCAGAGCAGAAUUGGUUCCAUCGUCUAGGAAAAUUAACGCAGAGCGGAGAGCCAAGAAUGAAGCACAGGGUCUUCCGCCAACAGAAAUUUUGGAGCAGAAAAAAGGAAAAGGCAGAACAGGUUGGCCACAACACGUUUGGGCAUCUGAACUGAAGCAAGAGCAAUAGAUCUCAUUUAAAAAAGAAAAGAAAAAUUGAAUUCAACGGAAAAUGUUGUCGAUGUAAAUUAUCAUAAAUUUCUACUGUUUUAAUAUUCUGCGACCAGUUUUAUUUUUUGGGUCGUCAUGAAAACAUUCUUUAAAAAUUGCAUUUUCUCGGUCGUAUAACCUGUGAGACUAUACUCAAACUAUUAUGGAUUACGAACAAGACAGAUCAGCAUCAAACGAAUACGAUUUGACUAAUGAAAGAUGAGAUUUGUGGCAAUAAGAAAAAC